AUGUCCUUCACGAAUCUGUAUUACAAGAGGACGGCAGGAACGCCCCGGGCAUGCUACGUAUGCUACAAGCCAACGACCGCCGUCCUUGCCACCAUAAACACUGUAGACUUCAUAUAUGUGUGCGAGGGUCACUUGACGGACCCCGGCUUUGCUGCCAAGGUCACAGAGAGCGAGAGCAGAGAUGGCGUGGGGGCUAAUGGUAAAAAGGUGGGAUUGAGUCCGGAGGAGAUGGCCAAGGUCAAAGCAGAUUGGGAAGAGCGGCAGGCUCGGAAAAAGGAAAAGGAGAAAGAGAAGGAGAAAGAGAAAGAGAAGGACAAUAAGGAUGAUUCAGGCAAAGCGCAGGAGGAUAAGGAGAGAAAGUCGACCGAGGAUCGCAAGGCCUCUGCGACGCCACCGAACACAAUUUCUGGUGCUGUUACUCCUCGGAAUACCCACGAGCGUUAUACCCUCCAUCGUGAUAUCUUCUCAUUGCGGCAGACGGAACACCGCAAACGCAGGCAGAUGGCACAGGCUAACGCCGUUGCGCCCCGUUUGCCGCAGGCUCCGAAGGCCCCUCUUCCCUAA